AUGAUCAGCAGCGAUGAUGACAAAGAUUUUCCGAGAGGAUAUCUGAUUCUUCGACCGGAAGAGCUUCGGCCAUGGGAACUUAUCCGUCUGCUAUUCUCGGGAGAUAUCGAGAAGCCAACAUUAGUCGAUAGCUCAGAAACCAAGGAACCAAGUUUCCGACGUCGAUGGCUUAUCUUCGUCUCUCUCGUCCUCCUCAAGAUUCUCCGAUUCUUCUCCGAGCUUAUAGCUCUCCUUGGCUCAACCUUAGAAUUCUCUUUGAACUUCCUCUCUGAGAAUUCUUUCUCCGGUUUCAUCCUCCGAGGAGAAGUGGUGAUGCCGAGAACAAUGUCGGAGAAUUAUCAGUCAUUUAUCGGACAUUUAGACACGAGAAUAAAUUUAGACAAGACGAUGAAUCUCGAAGAUGGAGACAGAUACUAUGCUGCAUUGUCCAUUAUGGCUUCAAAAAUUGCCUACGAAAACUCAGCUCGUAUUAAAUAUGUCGUUGAGAAUCAUUGGAAUAUGAAGUAUUUAGGUCUCGUUGACUAUUGGAACGAAUAUCAAGAAAAGGAAACAACACAAGCCUUGAUAAUGUCUACUGAAAAAACAGCAACACCAUCGUCCAAUGGUCAAGAAACGAGGGUGGUGGUUGCAUUCAGAGGCACAGAACCGUUUAAUUCCGAAGAUUGGUGUUCAGAUUUCGACAUAACGUGGUAUGAGCUCCCAAAUAUUGGGAGGAUCCAUGGUGGUUUCAUGAAAGCUCUAGGGCUCCAAAGCAAUUGUAGUUGGCCAAAGGAGCCUCUCUCAAACCCUAAUCGAUUAUCCCCUUUAGCUUACUACUCAAUCAGAGACUCUUUGAAAACUCUGAUCGCUGAGAACAAAAAUACCAAGUUCGUUCUGACCGGUCAUAGCUUAGGAGGAGCCCUUGCGAUAUUGUUCGCGGCUGUGCUUGUGAUUCACGAUGAGACCGAGUUGUUGGAGAGGAUUCAAGGGGUUUAUACUUAUGGACAGCCUAGGGUUGGCGAUUCCAAGUUUGGUGACUUUAUGAAGAAGAAAUUAGAAGAAUAUGAUGUAAAGUAUUAUAGAUUUGUUUAUAAUAACGACAUUGUUCCAAGAUUGCCGUACGAUGAUAAGGAUUUGAUGUUCAAACAUUUUGGUACUUGGAUCCACUACAACCGACACUAUCAAGCAAAGGUUUUAAGAGACCAAUCGGAUGAAAACUAUUUUUCGUUGCGGGGGAUUAUAAAGAUGAGAUGCAGUGGUAUAAUGGAGCUCAUAAGAAGCUUCACUAUUGUGACUGAGAAAGGAUCGGAGUUUAGGGAAGGAUGGUUGUUGAAAGGUAGUAGGUUUUUGGGGAUUAUAUUCCCUUGGAUUUCGAAUCAUGGACCUCAAGAUUAUGUAAAUGCCCUUAGAUUAACCCCUCCCUGUGUUUUCGAAAUUUAUAGAGAUGUAUCCAUAUCAUAA